CCGAGCUCCGGCCUCCAGGUAUCUCUCUCUCCCUCUCCGUCUUCUUCUCCUCCUCUUGUUCUCUUCUUCAUCGCCUUUAUAUUCAGAUAUACCCUUUUUUUGAAGUUACUGAUUUCUGAAUUCUGAUCUUCACUUCUUCAGUUCUUCCGUUUUUCGGCGGCUCGCGGCUUAGCCCUUGAUCAAUGUUCAAAAUUGCUGGGUUAUUCACUCCAGUUACUCCACCGAAAGAGAUUUGAAGAAGGGGCAGAGCAGUUCCGAAUAGAUGUUGCCCAUAAUCCAAAUGAUACAGAGGAGUCCAAUUGGUGCUUUCUCUGUGAAGCUCAAUUAUAUGGAAUUAAGGAAGCAAGGGAACGGUUUCUUGAGAUAAGUUAUUGAUACCAAGAUAAGGGCUUUGUAGCUUUAAGCUUCAAACAUGUCUUUUAGAUGUCUAUAGGGUCCUAACUCCUAACCGAGUAUCUUUAAGAGGGGAUUGUUGUUAAGAGAUGUUAAGAAUGCAUUUGUCUUUCAUGUUUUUUGUGUUGAACCAUGAACUGCCGAAUUUGCAGCUUUUGUGUGUGUAAUUCAAUAUUUCAGGCUAGUGUCAACAUUUGUGGCUGAAUUUUUUUUCCUUCCUCUGUUAGGAAGUUCAAGCCCCACCGAGCUUGUAAUCCUGGAUCCGCCCCUGAAGGGUUGUCUGGCAUUUCCUGAUAUUGUCAAUAAUUGUGUAGGUUUUCAAGAAAUGCAGAUCUUGUCGCUCAGGGGUUUGGAAGAACAUGGGUAAAGUUGGGAACUACAUGAAAGAAAGUGUUUCUGAUAUUUUGUACCCCUACAGAGGGCGACCAAAAUUCCUCUGGGUUUAGUUCAAGGAAGGGUGAGCCUCAUUGUGUAGCCCCCUUAGAGAAUUGGUAUUGUUGAGAGAAGAAUGCUGCAGGACACAAUUUUGCAUAUCACAAUUCUUGGCAAACUGAUUUGUGUAAUAGCUACAAGAUUUGGGUAUAUAAUUUUGCAUAAAUUCUAGAUAUCACAAUUCUGACAAACUUGAAUGGUUUUUGUUGGAAGUGCAUGUCCAGCUUGUGUCAAUUCCUGACAUGUUGCUAUAUGUGCAGAUAUCUCCUAGGUCAAGAAGCUAUGCAACUGGUAUUUCAAAUGUGGCUGAACUUAAUAGCUGGAACAUGUACUCAAGCUUAAAUAAGAGCCAUAGAGCACUUCCUUGGACUUCUAGAAAUGAUAUGACGCUGCGUUCUGCAAUGGUUGUCGAGUUGCCAAUCUUCUUGAAUGAUAAAAGGUUGCUAUCCACACAAGUAAAAGCACCUGCCCAAGCAAGGCAAAUGGUUCUCAGCCAAAGCCAAAGGUUGCUGGUGUUGAUUGGAAUUUUAACAGUUGGGGAGCUUGACUUAGAAGCAAGUAAAAUAUGUUCAAGAACACAUUCCAAUCUGGGUUUCUCUCCAUUCCAUGCAGCCUUUUAUGGGUUCACAGUUCAAGGGUAAGAUACUAGAAGAUAACAUGGCUGGCAUUCUAAAGCAAUGGCACGGUGAUGUGAGGAGGAAAAGGAAGAAGGAAGAACAAGAAUCACAAUCUGCACACGUCUUCUUCCAUGGAAUGGAGCUCCAUGAGGCACAACAUAUGUAUAUGCAGAUUUCUUUACUUCUGGUAUGAAUCAAAUUAGUUAUAUAUAUUUGAAGCCUACUUAGUGUAACAACAACUUUGAAGAAUUGGUCAAAACAAUAGAGUACGGCAUUUUGGAUCUUUAUUCCCCUUUAAUGAGAUGGACUUUUGGUGUAUUGUAGAUUACUUGUAUUGUAUUUUGGAUGAUGUUGGCUAGGUUUAGAGUUGGAACUAUGGAUUGUAUUUUGGAUG